AUGUGGUGUCCAGCGAGGCUCUUGGCCCUGAGCUUGCUGUGGGGGUGCAGCCCGGAGGCUGGCGCUCAGUGCAGGGAGAACACAGCCUGCAGGGAGCUGGGCUCUGAGGAGAACCUUAUGGAAUGUGUCCAGCUGUGCAAGUCUGCCCUCGAAGGCGAAGCAGGCAGAAGCUACAUCGAUAAACCUGUUCGCACCAGACUGCCGGAAGACAACGCUGUUGGAAAGCAGGCAGAGGAUGAGGUCCUGGGCGUCUCACCUGUAGAAGAAGGUGGAACUCAGGUGCCCAGGGAGGCAGAACUGCCCCACAAUGACAAGCGCUCCUACCCCAUGGAGCACUUCCGCUGGGGCAAGCCUGUGGGGCGCAAGCGACGGCCCAUCAAAGUGUACUCCAACGGCAUGGAGGAGGAGCUCCCUGAGGGCUACCCUAUGGAAGCAAGGCGCAGCCUGCCCACUGAGCUCGACUAUACCCCGGGGGUGCAGGAGGAAGAGGACGAGGUGAAGGCUGAGCAGCAGCUGCAGGAGAAGAAGGACGGCACCUACAAGAUGAACCACUUCCGAUGGGGGGGUCCACCUGCCAGCAAGCGCUACGGCGGCUUCAUGAAAUCCUGGGGUGGGCACAGCCAAAAGCCCCUGAUGACCCUGUUCAGAAACAUCAUGAUUAAAGACGGUCACUAGUAGGACUGCCUGUGGAGACAUGCAGUGUUGGGGUUGCGAUCGGGGUCAGCGAAGGCAACCUAUCUUCACACCACCAUCGUAUCCAGCAUCAUAAAACCCACCUGCCACCCCAUGUGCGUUUGCUAAAUCAUAUUACUCAUGGGAAACACUCUCCUAACCACCAGCCAAAUUACUGCAGCGUUCGGUGUAAAUACAA